UUUAAGAGUUAUUUAUAUUUGAUACUUACUAAUCUUGUGGUCUUACUAGACAUGCUUCUCUGGCAUAACCUAUUUGCUUGCAUAAAACUGUAUUAUGUUACAUGAACUUUUUAGUUGCAGACUUGCAGUCGUGUAGAUUGUUAUAGAGUCUGAACAUAUUUAAUGGUUUGACCUUUUGUAAAUUUUAGAUACACACGAAUGUCUCCAGAGAGGUUUCAUCAUCUCCUUGAACUUGUGGGACCUCUGAUAACAAAAAAGCCAUGCCGUUCCAGGAAGGUCAUUUCACCUCACGAGAGGCUAAUGGUCACUCUGAGAUAUCUUGCUGAGGGAGAGGCACAGCAGAGCCAAUCUUUUAAUUUUCGAAUGGGUAAGGCCACAGUCUCAAAGAUUGUUAGAGAAACGUGUGAUACGAUUUGGACAGCACUCUACCAAACCUAUCUGAAAAUUCCCACUUCUGUGGAAGAGUGGAAGAAAAUAGCAGUUGGUUUUGAGAAAGAAUGGAACUUCCCUCAUUGUCUUGGAGCAAUAGAUGGUAAACAUAUCAUGAUUGAAUGUCCCAAGAAUGCAGGUUCUGCAUAUUAUAAUUAUAAAAAUUUCCAUUCCAUUGUGCUUCUUGCAAUUUGUGAUGCAAACUAUUGUUUUACUUUUGUUGACAUUGGGGAUUACGGAAGCACUAAUGAUGCAAGCAUUCUGGCAAAUUCAGCAUUUGGACAGACAUUUGACAAGGGUCCAGAAACACUAAAGAUACCGAAACCUUGCAGUUACAAACAUUUGCAGAAACUGCCAUUUGUGCUCAUUAGUCAUUGA